UUGUUUAUUUCACGUUGACAAUUUUACAGAUCUAAAAAUUGACAAAUAUUAGAUAUGUUAACUUAUUUAGAUUGUGACGAAGAGUUAUAAUCAAUUAUAAAUGAUGAGCCCCUAUGAAAUUAUUUAGAAACCCUGGCAACACUGACUUAUUAUCUGUUAACUAAGUGGCGAAAACUGUGACUGGCAUUUGGAAUUUUCAUCAAUUUGCCAACCCAUAAUAAUAAGUAGUUAUACAAGAACAUUGUCUGAAUCAGUUGCUGUUACAUCUAAACUACAUCUACUACUAAACAGGAAAAUGGAAGAUUAUAAAUAUUUAUUUAAAGUAGUGUUAAUAGGCAAUGCAGGUGUUGGUAAAACAUGUUUAGUUAGAAGGUUUACAGAGGGACUAUUUCCACCUGGUCAAGGAGCAACAAUUGGUGUUGAUUUUAUGAUUAAAACAGUUGAAGUAGAUGGAGAAAAAGUGAAGUUACAGAUAUGGGAUACAGCUGGUCAGGAAAGAUUUCGAGCUAUAACUCAGGCUUAUUAUAGAGCAGCUCAUGCUUUAAUAGUAGUUUAUGAUGUUUGCUGUCAAAACUCGUUUGAAAGUCUUCCACAAUGGUUAAAUGAAAUAGAACUAUAUGCUGGUACACAAGUCUUAACAUUCUUAGUUGGGAACAAAAUAGAUAAACAUGCUAAAGAAAUUCCAACACAUAUUGGAGAACAGUUCUCACAAAGACAUGAUAUGACUUUCCUAGAAACUUCAGCAAAACAAAGUGAUAACGUAGAGAAACUGUUUAUGGAUAUUGCUAAAGGCCUGACGAAGAAAGCUAAAGAAAAUCUACUGGAUACUGAAGAUAAGACUGAAUUUCCUACUGGUGGUUCAACACCUAUUUCAACUUUUAGUUGUUGUCGUAUUUGA